AUGCCCAACACUAUCCUUGAAAGUUACCACGGCGAUAUCAUUGUCAAUGGCAAGCCUACCCAUCCUGAAGAUUUCCAGGUUGUUCGUCAAGGUCCUCCCGAAUCAUUCUCCUCCAAACUUGUCGCUCAACGUGCAUUUGCCAAAGGAGCUGUCAUUGCCACAUUGGAGGGUCUUACUCCCGGUGCAAAGCGUUAUUCUACUGUCCAAAUCUCCAAGACUGAGCACAUUGAGUUGAAUAGUGAUCUUGUCUUUAUGAAUCACUCUUGUGACCCCUCUACUCUCAUGGAUGUUGAUCGCAUGGUUGUAUCCGCUACAAGAGAUCUUGCUGCUGGUGAUGAACUGACCUUUUUCUACCCUUCGACUGAAUGGGAUAUGGCUCAACCAUUUUCUUGCUGGUGUGGAUCAUCCAAGUGUAUUGAAACUGUCCAAGGCGCUCAAUAUCUCUCUACAGAAUCCUUGAAUAAGUUUGAAUUAAGCAACCACAUCAAGGAGCUCAUUCAAGCUCGUGAUGCUUAA